AUGUCCAAGAAGAAAAUGAGAUUUUGUGGUUCUUCAAAAGGAUGGCUAGUAGCUGUGGAAGAAAAUUUUGUAGUAACCUUAUUGAAUCCAUUCUCUAUGGUUAAAGGGAGGGAAAAGAAAGAAAAUUCAAUCAUUCGUCUUCCAAUCAUUCGUUUUCCUCCAUUAACACCUCCUGAACGGGGAAAGGAGCACUGGGCUAAAAAUUGUGACUAUUAUCUCUACAGAGCCACAAUUUCAGCAGAUCCAAUAUUAAAUGCAAACGACUACAUUGUUUUCGUAAUAUACAGGCUAGAUCGUGAAUUGGCUUAUAUUAGGCUUAAUAAGGACUCAACAUGGACUAAAGUAGAAACCCUGUUAAAUGAAAUUGACGAUGUCAUUCACAUUGAAAAUGAAGUUUAUGUUAUCGAUGAUGAUGGUAAUCUUUUAUCAUGUGAUAUGCCUUAUGACUCAUUUGUGAAUUUGGAAGCGGAUGGCAAGGGGGCUGUCGCGAAGAAAUAUCUUGUGUAUUCAAAUGAGAAAGAAUUAUUAAUGAUUCAAAGGUCUUUGGUAGUGCAAGGUGGCAAUAAUGUUGCGACAAGGAAGUUUAUAAUCUUCGACAUGAAUUUCGACAAGUGUGAGUGA